ACGAUUGCUAACUGGUGCGGUUGUAGUUGUACUUUUGAGAAACACAUUGAAUUGUGGUUUUACUUAAAAAUCAUAUAGUGCAAGGUUAAUUUAGUGAAGAAUGUCGGAUCCGGAGCUCGAAGCGAUACGGCAGCAACGAUUAGCUCAGUUGCAGUCACAAUAUAAGGGUAACAAUGGUGACAACAAACAAGCAAUGGAAGAAAAAAGGCAACAAAUGGAAGACAUGAGGAAUUCCAUUCUUAGUCAAGUAUUGGAUCAAUCAGCCAGAGCAAGACUUAAUACAUUGUCUCUUGGUAAACCUGAGAAAGGAAAGAUGGUAGAAGACAUGAUAUUAAGUAUGGCACAGCGGGGUCAACUACCUGGAAGACUAGGAGAGAAAGAACUCAUUAGCUUACUUGAAAGUGUAAAUCAACAAACACAACGUAGAACUGUUGUCAAGUUUGACAGACGAAGAGCAGCACUCGAUUCUGAUGAUGAUUUAUAACAAUGUUAAAUGAUACAUGGUUUGCCGAGCUACAUUUCACUCUGUUUUAUUUCUAAUCAAGAAUUGAAGUUAUAAUACACAGAUAUAUACGCUUAAUUAGGUUGUAUGUUCUUAUGUUUGA